AUGACAUCAAUGCUAAAGAGCUAUCUGGGGUACAGUGACCCCACGGGGGACAAGGUUCCCAAGGAGACUUCACUGGCAAGGGCUCUUCCGGCCAACUGGUACACCUCUCAGGAGAUGUACGAGCUUGAACGCCGAGCAAUUUUCUCAAGGAAGUGGCUCUUGACCACACACAACUCGCGCCUUGCAAAGACUGGCGACUAUUUAAAGUACGACAACGCGGGAUUCCCAUUUAUCAUUGUUCGCGAUCGCGAAGGCAAUAUCAAUGCUUUCCACAAUGUCUGUCGUCAUCGCGCAUUUCCUGUUGUCGCGGAUGAUGCAGAUAGUGGAACUGCACGAAUCUUUGCCUGCAAAUACCACGGCUGGUCUUAUGGUUUGAACGGAAAACUUGCCAAGGCACCGGGCUAUCAAGAGCUAGAUGGAUUUGACAAAUCAAAGAAUGGCCUGUUUACUAUCCAUGUCCAUGUUGAUGGCAACGGAUUUAUUUGGGUCAAUCUGGACAGUGCUGAGAAACCCGAGAUUUCUUGGGAGGACGACUUUAAGGGUAUUGACUUGCAGUCGCGAUUCCAGGACUUUGAUUUCAGUGAAUACCAAUUCGACCACACGUGGGAGAUGAAUGGCGACUACAACUGGAAGAUUCUUGCCGACAACUAUAACGAGUGUUACCACUGCCAGACUGCUCACCCUGAUGUUCCAUCGGUGGCCACCCUUGAAGCCUACGAUGUGGAUACGAAGAAUGCUAGUAUUAUUCACCACCCCGGCGCUACGGAGGAGCAGAUCGCCAAGGGCAUGAACAUUUGCAGCACCUACUACUUCCCCAAUGCCUCGAUGACCGUCUCUCCCCACUUCUUCUUUAUGCAGCGCUUUGUUCCUACGUCACCAAUCAGCUGUGUCAUGCGCUAUGAGGUCUACCGCCACAAGGGCUCGAGUGACGAGGACUUCGAGCAUGUCAACAAGAUGUUCAAGCGGAUCAUGGCUGAAGACAAAGAACUCUGCACCAAAUCCCAGGAGAACUUAAAUAACGGAGUCUUUGUCAAUGGUGAACUCCACCCGAAGCUAGAGAAGGGACCGCUUUACUUCCAGGGCAUGGUGCGAGACCUUGUUACCGAGUUUCACAAACGUGAAGAGGGGACGGGACAGCAGAUUUGGCCAUCUCGCCAGGCCCUUCCUGCUGCUGCUACCACAAGCCAGGAAGAUAUGGACUUCUGCACCAAUCUGACCACCCAAAAACAGGGGGCGGAUUGCUCUACACAGGCUACUGGGUGCUGUGGGGGAGGAUGUCAAACAGCUGGUAACCAGACACUUGCUUACUGA